CAUAGAGCAAAAAUAUUGAAGCCUCGGCAUUUAUUAUGACAUCCCGAUGGAGGACGGCUACGUUCUGGCCGCUCUAGAUGCGCAUCUAGACGGUAUCACGCAGAUCCUGAAAGUUUUAGACCUGCCUUUCUCUGUCAUCGAUCAAUUGCACCAGAAGGAACGAAAUUCAGAUCCUCUUUUCAUCUUACCCGACGAAAAUAAAGAAGAAAAUGCGGGGCACGACGACGACGACGACAUUUUUUCCUGUCCAAAAGCGGCACUGCAGGCCUGUGCGGCUGCAAAUUACCUCACCCUCGACUCGGACCUCUGGAAGAAUUUCCUGUUCGCGACAGCACGGGCGGGAAAUGCAACGCCAGAUCUCGUUUCCCUCCAGCAGCGAGACAUCGAUACGGAGGACGAAAGCGAACGCGCAGCGGCGAGACAGGCUGCGGAGAAGGAGCAGGAGGAGAACGAAAGGCGAAUGCAGAAAGCCCCUGGGCUGUGUGGCUGCAUGCGAUCUGGUGCUCCUCGUGGCGGAUCCUCGUCGUCGUCGAAUAGCGGCAACAGAAAGAGUAGAGAUGCUCGUGAAGGCGCUGGUGCAGCAGCGGAAUUACUCUCACCUGCUGCCAAACAGGUAGCAGAACAAACGGGUGGGUUUGGUGCGUCCGGCUCUGGGUCUACUACGGUAUCAUCGUCUAAACUAGUGGAGAGCGCACCAGGCGGGGAGAAACAAGUUCUUGCGGAAGGGGAAGGAGGAGGCGCUGGAGGUGUGGAAGUACCCGCGGAUCACGUUCACCCUGGUGGGGUGGAGCUACAAUCAGCAGAGACAACUGCUGGGCUAGCUGAAAAAAGUGACGCCUUUGCAACUGUAGGAACGAGCAAUCGCAGCGGGGGGUGUGGUGCUGCUUCUGGACUCGCUCCAAGAUGGAACGUCAGAAUGUACACGCCAGGACUGAUGACGUCGCAGUACGACACAGCAACUCUCGAAAAGCAGUCACCAAACAGGCAGUCUCCAGGAAACAGCAGAGACUCACCAACUCACACAGGUGGAGUUGUUUCCAAACUAGGCAACAGCGCAGGUGGCUACAUAUCCGAUCCGGAAACCGAGGAAGAAGCUCCUUCCUACCUCCGCUGCAGCUGCUACCGCGCCAAAGGUCUUCUGCUUGGUAUAGAAGCGGAAUUGACAGCGAUUACGCUCAAAUGCAGGCGGUUUCUGCGGACGAAGCCACCGGUGUUGCGGCUAUGGGUGGAAAGGAACGCAAAGCAGACGCUCUGGGCGGCAACUUUGCGGCUGUUAUUGGAGCAUUUGCUGGUGUUGUUUCGGGACGAUGGUGCAGGAAAUGGAAUAUUACCAGACCAUUUCUCUGCAGCUGCCAACAGAAAUGACGCUCCGAGCACGACUGCUGGUGGUCGUGCAGACACAUCUGACGGGCCGGGAACGAAAUUGGCUGACAUACAAGUUGACUUCGGGGACGAGAAGGAUUAUUUCGAAAGGAAGCUAGAACGAGACUCCGCUCGCCCGCUGUCCCUCGCAGCGCUCGUCGUUCUCGAGCUGUACCGUGUGGGGAAAACCGCAGACGACGGCGACAGCUUGUUUGGGCUCCGCCGUUCGCAGGAAUUUGUCUUGCGGUUUUUCGAGGAAGUUGUGUUUCGGUCUGCUGCGACGUCGAUUGCCUCGGGUUCUUUACGGCCGAAUUCAAAUUCAAAGCAGAGGAAAAGAGUUCUGCAUUGUGCGGUCUUGCAACAGUGGCAGAGUCAGCAGCCAUUCAUGCGAAGAUUUGCUGAUCGCUGCGGGGCAGUAACGAGCAGUAUCGAACGUGCUUGCGGGCGACAUGUUGGUGGGAGCACGGAAGAAACUGGUGUCAUGGAGAUUGAGGUAAGGUAGUCCGUGUUGGAAAAAUUUGCGCCUCAUUUUUGUCUAGCAAUUCUACUUACUACAAUAAUUCAUUUGUCGCGUCUGAAGAGGCUCAUCUAUUCUCGAAUAACAGAUGGUACGGUUCGCGGAGAUGCUACAGGGCUCAUUGAUGCAGCGCCGGAGCGUGGUUUUUGCUGACGUUGGUGGAGGAGCAGUCGCGCGGAAACCGGUCCCAAGUGCAGUUGAUCAAGUGACGGCCUGGCUAGAAGAGGUGCAGCGGCAGGAAUCGAAUCCGCGUAGGCCCGUGAAAGAUAGAGAGCGGGGACAGGAGAAGAAGUCUGCUGGACUCUUCGCGAACUUUUUCGGUGGCUUAUUCUGAAAAUGGAAGCAGAACCUAUUUACUGUGGCAGCGUGUACUUGAAGGAUCAGAGUCGCAGCUGUUCUGAAAUAGGAACGCGACAAUUUCUGCGACGAUGAUGUUUUGUUAGACGAGACUGAAGAAAGAUGGCGUUUUAUAUACUAACAGUGUUCGUGGGUUAAAGUUUCCUGCGCCUAGUAGCUGGGCCGCCUUGUCUUCUCUUUCGUUGGUGCCUCUUUCUCUUUGACUGUUGGCCAGCUGCCACCGUCUUCGCAGGGCGCGGCCCCCAAAGUAGC